GAAGAGCCCGGUCCCUGCUCAUCUCUCUGCCCGAUCCCAGUGCGACCCAGUCCGGCUGCAGCAGCUGAGGGAACCCGACGACCCGACCUCUCUCUCGCAGUCUUGCUAACUCCCCCCUGGAUGCUGCCGUCAAGGAUGGAGCUGUUAAGUUGGUGCUUACUGUUGCUGAGCGGCCUGCCGUUGCUCUCGGCCCACAACGAUUUCUUCACCUCCAUAGGCCAGAUGACAGAUCUGUUAUACACAGAGAAAGACCUCGUCACCUCUCUAAAGGACUACAUCCUGGCAGAGGAGAACAAGCUUGAACAGGUGAAACGGUGGGCUGAUAAGUUGGAGUUGUUGACAGCCGCAGCCAUGCAGGACCCCGAGGAAUACCUGGGGCAUCCGGUGAACGCCUUCAAACUGAUGAAGAGACUGAACACAGAGUGGGGGGACCUGGAGAGCCUUGUCCUCAGCGACACCACUGAUGUAUUUAUUUCCAACCUCACGAUCCAGAGAAAGUACUUCCCCACAGAUGAGGACCAAACCGGGGCGGCUAAAGCUCUCCUCCGGUUACAAGACACAUACAGAUUGGAUGCCAACACAAUCUCCAUAGGAGACCUACCUGGAGUGACACACAAGAUCCGUAUGACAGUAGAGGACUGUUACGAGUUGGGGAAAAUCGCCUACUCCGAUGUCGAUUACUACCACACAGAGCUGUGGAUGGCCCAGGCCCUGAGGCAGCUCGAUGAGGGAGAAGAGUCCACCUUAGAUUCGGUGACGGUGCUCGACUACCUCAGUUAUUCAAUCUACCAGCAGGGGGAUAUAGAUCGAGCCCUGGUGCUCACCAUGAGGCUGCUGGAACUGGACCCAGAGCAUCAGCGGGCCAAUGGCAACAGAAAGUACUUUGAGUUCCAGUUGGAGAAGCAGAAAAAGGCUGCGGAGAGUGAAAGUAUAGUAAAGAAGGAGCGAGGCAAAAGAGAAACUGGUGAAAAGAAGAAGUCUAGAAAGAACGUCACCAAUCAGCUGCUUCCUGAGAGGAAGAAGUAUGAGAUGCUUUGCCGCGGGGAGGGCAUCAGAAUGACCCCCCGUAGGCAGAGCCGACUGUUCUGUCGUUACUUUGACAACAAACACAACCCCAAAUAUGUGCUGGCACCUGUCAAACAGCAAGAUGAGUGGGACCGCCCCUACAUUGUCCGCUACCUGGACAUCAUCUCAGACAAAGAAAUGAGUAUGGUCAAGCAGCUGGCAAAGCCAAGGCUGCGCAGAGCCACCAUCUCCAACCCCAUCACAGGAGUGCUGGAGACUGCUCCAUACCGGAUCAGCAAAAGUGCAUGGCUCACUGGCUAUGAAGACCCCUUGAUUGACAAGAUCAACCAGAGAAUUGAAGAUCUCACAGGGCUGGAAAUGGACACUGCAGAGGAGUUGCAGGUCGCAAAUUAUGGCGUCGGAGGUCAAUACGAACCUCACUUUGACUUUGGAAGGAAAGACGAGCCUGAUGCUUUUAAAGAGCUCGGCACUGGGAACCGCAUCGCAACAUGGCUUUUCUACAUGAGUGACGUCUCAGCCGGCGGAGCCACAGUUUUCCCAGAUGUUGGUGCAGCAGUUUGGCCCCAAAAGGGUACUGCCGUGUUCUGGUACAAUCUGUUUCCUAGCGGCGAGGGUGACUACAGCACCCGACAUGCAGCUUGCCCAGUGUUGGUGGGCAACAAGUGGGUAUCAAACAAAUGGAUCCAUGAGCGAGGCCAGGAGUGGCGGCGACCUUGUGGCCUAAAUGAAACCGAAUGAUGACAAAUGAAACCUCCUCGUCACCUCUCUGCCCCCCUCCCCCCUUCUCCCCUUCCUUGUGACCAGAGGACACUGCCGCAGAUCACAGAUGACACAUGUGGAAACAUGGGACUCACUCCCCCUCUGCAAAACACUCCUGUUAUUCCCAGCUGUUACGCUCCGAGCCCACAGAUUGUUUGGGUUAGCGUGGAGCCCCGGGACACUGUUAGCAUUGCUGUGACAGACAUGUUCUUGAGGUUGUUGGAUGGUUUUGAGAAACACGUGUCCUUUUUUCACUCCUGGGUUCUUUCUCUGCACUCUGUUUGAACUCUAGCUCUGUGGUGAGGUGGUGUCUGUCAGGACCCCACCAUUUUAAACUUUAAAGGGACAGUUCACAUUUUUUACAUACAGGCCAGACUGAUGUAUUUUACUCAUGCACAUGGAGCUGUGGUUUGUGAGAGAAUGGAAAUACUUUCCAACAAAUAGGCCAAAAAAUCCCACAUUUUAAUCAAAUCAAGUUGUAUUUGUACGGCCCACAUUCACAAAUCACAGUUUGUCUUAUAGGGCUACAAGAAUAAUGGAAAACUACAGCUACAUCCGAUACCAUAUCAGUAACUGAAAUAUGUCAGUCUCUUUGUAUCCAUCAGGAUCCAUCAAUUAUUGUCCGGGAAAUUGGUGAAUAUAUCAAAACACAAUGUGAACGAAAUAGAAAAUUCCUGGAUCUGUUCCUUGGUUCCGGAUCAGAGCCAAAAUUUAAUGGAUUCUUUUUUUUGGCUAAUCCUUCCACCAAGUUUCAUGGUAUUCCCUUUGGUAGUCUCUGCAUAAUCCUGCUGAGAUACAAACAAACCAAUGGGCCGUGACCUUGGAAAACUUACACAAACUAAUAAUUUACACAAACUAGUUCAUUCCUUUUUUUUACAUGUUUUUCGCAAACUGUCCUUUUAAAUGACUUGGCAAUAAAAGAUAAAGAAAGUCGUCUGUGGAAGGAAUGAACGUUCUCAGCACAUAAGUGGUCAGAGAAGGAGACUUUAAGCCAAACAUCACAUCGGUUGUUGGUCUGCCUCAAAGCGUCAGUGUUUUUAACUGGUCUGAAUGGCCACACUAUUGUUAGAUUGGUUGUACUUGAACAUACCAACAGUUACAUUCACCCAAUAUGCUGCGUUCAAUUAAGUGUUUUAGUUUUCAAUUUUAAAUUGUGACGUUUUGCUCCAGUGUUUUGUACGAGCCUAAAAAACCACAGAAUCUUAUCAGACGGUGGAGCCGACUGGAUUACACCACAUUGUGCCAUAACAAGUUUAAACACUUGUUUUUCAUUAUAUCGCGACUGAUUCUGAUCUCGGUUAGUAACGGUGUCAGUAACCAACGCUUUUUUUUUUAGAGUGUGAGAAUAUAAUGGUUUUUUCAAGGAAGAAGCAUUUUAUUUAUAUGUCCCAUGUUGUUGUUUUUUGGGGUUUUGUUUGAAAUGAAAGUAAAAUUUUCUUUUUUCUACAUUAAAGACUGUUCUAUUGA